AUCGGUAGAGAGAGAGAGAGAGAGAGAGGAGGAAAAAAGGAAUGGCAGCCCCUAUCUCGCUCAACGGCACGAUCCUCCACAAGAACCCCUCGACGCCGACCGCCGCCGCCGCCGCCGCCGCCAUCUCCGCCAGGCACGCGCCGCACCACCGCACGACGCUCCAGUCGCGGCGGAGGAGAAGGUGUUGGGGGGCGGCAACGACUCUCCCACUCCUCCGCCUCCGCGCCACCGCGCCGCCCCCGCCGGAGGCCGGGUCGCGGGCCGACGACUCCUCGGCCCCGUUCGAGAUGUCCGUCGAGAGCGCCCUCAAGCUCCUCGGCGUCUCCGAGGGCGCCUCCUUCGACGACAUCCUCCGCGCCAAGAACGCCGUCCUCGCCUCCUGCAAGGACGACCAGGAGGCCGUCGCCCAGGUUGAGGCUGCAUAUGACAUGUUGCUCAUGCAGAGUUUAUCACAACGCAGGGCUGGGAAGGUUGUAAAUAAUAGGAUCCUGUAUGCUGAUGUUAAACCUGUUAGGAGUGCAGGAGCAGGUGCAAUGCCAAAAUGGCUACAGACAACAGUCAAGAAUGUUCCUGUUUCGGUUGAAGCUCCAUCUACUGGCAAUUUGGGUGUACAGGCUGGGGUUUAUGGAGCCUUGAUGGUUUUCACAUUUGUUAAUGGUACCUCCACAUCUUCAGCUGGGACAUAUACUGGGGCCGAUGUUCCUGGGAUAAUUUUGGCUACAAGCUUUGGAGCUUCAUUGUACUUUUUGACCAAGAAGAGCAUUAGCCUAGGAAAAGCAACAAUAAUUGCUGUGGGGGGCCUUGCUGUGGGUGCAGUGGUGGGAUCAGUGGUCGAGAAAUGGUUGCAGGUGGAUAUAGUGCCCUUUUUUGGCAUCCAUUCACCUGCAGUGAUUGUAAGUGAAUUUAUUCUAUUCUCACAGUUAUUGGUGUCACUUUAUCUGAGAUAGGUUAAAAAGAUCCUGUACCUGGUCCUAUUUAUUAACUAAUGUCAAUUGUCCUACUUAUGCUUCAGCAAAAUCCAUGGUGACUUAAAAUGUAUUUAAUAUGUGAAGCAAAUUGUAUAGUGGUCACGGUUACACAUUGUAUACUGUCUUUUAAGUUGGGCAUUGAUUGUAACUUACAAAUUUCAUUCAUCUAUACCAGUUUUGGUUUUAUGGAUCAAAUCUUGAUCCAUGAUA